CGGCCCCCGGCCCACAUAGGCCGGCCGGGAGAGCCACUCGCCCCCUCGCCUGCGCCGUCCCGAGGCCCCACGGAAUAUCCCGGCGGAAAGCGUGGAGCAGGAGCUGCGGGUGGAUACAUGCAAAGGGGCUUCCUGGCUGCGGGGUCCCGGCCCCGUCCCGUCCCGGGCGGCGGGAUGCUGCGGCAGCGUUGCGGGCGGCUCCUGGCCCGGCUGGAGCAGGGGCUGCAGCUCCUGGAGCUCGGCGGCAGCGUGGAGGAAGACUGCAUCCGGAUCGCUCGGUGCUUUGAGGCGACGCGCCAGAGAUGCUGCCGGCUGGAGCAGGAUGGGCGUCGUGCCCGCGAGCAGCUGGCCCGUGUGGAGGCCGAGCGGGCAGCACUGGAGGUGAAGCUCAAGCACGCCCGAAACCAAGUGGAGGUGGAGAUGAAGAAGCGGCACCGGGCAGAGGCUGAGCUGGAGAAGCAGGAGCGAAAACUUCAGCUAGUCCUCGAGUUGCUGAUGCGGGAACCAUGGGGCAGCGAGGCUCUGAGCAGAGAGCAAUGCUCUGUUCUCAGUGCCCUGGCUGGCCAGCGCCUUGGGGCAGCCUUGGCACCCAACAGGAGGUCAUCUGCAGUGGACGAGUCGUGCCAGUCCCUCCUGUCCCACUCGGAUAUCAGCUAUGACCGCACUGAGGAUGAUGUGGAUGUUGAUAUGACGGUUGUGCGGACCCUGAAGCGCAAAGCUCCGGACAGGCAGGUCCCAGUGUGCAUCCCAGACUGGGGUGCUGGCCCUGUGCCAUGCAAGCGUGUGUCCCUGGCCCCUCAGGUUGGCCCUGUGGUGAUGGCAAAGCGGCACCGUUCUUCUGUGGUACCCCAUAAUGCCAUGAGUGUCCCCUCUAUGCCCCCUCCUGCUGAGGUCCCAGGCCCUGCUGACAGCCUCGUGCCUCCUGUUCUGGUGCCUCAACGCCGCUCUCGCCAGGGACAUCGUGUCUCCACACAUGCAGGUCUCCCUCCACGGCCUCCGCCCUCUGCAGAGCUGACCACGGUUUGGGGCACCAGUGAAGGUCUGGGCUGCUGUGCUGCGGGGCAGGAGAGCCACACUGAGGGCAGCUCAGUGGGACAGCCAGCACCAGCCCCCUUCCCCUCACCCCCCCGCAGUCUCCCACCAGUCCAGCACAAGUUCACCUCCAAAACGGUGAUCCGCCCUGAGCCAUGUGGUGUCUGUGGUUCCCGCAUCCGCUUUGGGAAGACUGCCAUUAAGUGCUGCCAGUGCCAGCUGCUGCUACACACCAAGUGUCAGGAGCAAUGCCCCAGCCUCUGCACACCCAGGCCUCACCACCAUGCCUGGCCCCAGGAGGGUGUGCUGGCUGACUUCGCACCCUCCACGCCGCCCCUGGUGCCCACGCUGGUGGUGCAGUGCGUGAAUGAGGUGGAGAAACGAGGCUUGACAGAGACAGGGCUGUACCGGGUGCCAGGUGCGGAGCAGCUGGUGCGGGAGUGGAAGCGGAAGCUGCUGCGGGCUGGGGGAGCGCUACCUGCCCUCAGCAGUGUGCCUGACAUCCACGUGGUGUGUGGGGUGCUCAAGGAUUUUCUGCGGGGACUCAAGGAACCACUGGUCACCUUCAGCCUCCACCCUGCCUUCCUGAGGGCUGCUGACAUCCCCGAUGAUGCUGCCAGUGACACAGCCCUGUGCCAUGUGGUGAGCAAGCUGCCCCCAGCCAACAGGGAUACCCUGGCCUUCCUCAUGCUGCACCUGCUCAGGGUGUCACACAGUCCUGACUGCAAGAUGGAUGUGCUCAACCUGUCCCGUGUGUUUGGCCCUACGCUGGUGGGACACAGCUCAGCCAAUCCCACACCGCUCGCCAUCAUGGAGGACACGCCUCGGCAGUGCAAGGUGGUGGCUCGUCUCCUUUCACUGCCACCCAGCUUCUGGAGAGGCUUUGUGGAUACAGAGCAGGAGAACCUGGUGCCAAUGCCAGCCCUGGGAGGUGAACGUGAAUGCUUCUUCCAGCCCAUUGCCUCUCUGGAGCCCAAGUCAGGCCAGCUGAGCCCAGCUGGUACCUGCUGCCUCCCCAGUACCCUAAGGAGCUGCGUGGGCAAGGCCAGCCGGCCCCCGCAGGGGCCAACCCCGAAGAAGGUGGGCCGGUUCUUCCCUUCUCCUGUGUAGCCUGCAGCAGUGGCUCCCUCCAGACGCGGAGCUGGCACUGGAGGAGGAGCAAACACUGCAAGACCAGGCAGCUGCCUGUGGGGUGACAGUGCUGAGCUCAAAGCUCUGCUCUGCUUCCCUGGGGACUGGGGAGCAGAGCUGGCUCUGUCCAGCUGUGGUGGCAGGGACACUACACUAGUGCUUGUACUUUGAAUCAGGUUUGUAUUAAAUGUUUGCAGUAAAACACA